UUCAGGCUCUCUGGUGCGGCCUAAAGUCGUGCGUAGCGUCCAUUACUGCCCCGCCACCAAGAAAAGCAUUGAGCGGAGAUACACUGACCUGACCUCACUCCAAGCUUUUCCCUCCACGGCAAUCUACCCCAUCAAGGAUGAGGAGAAUAACCCAUUGGAGACGGAGUUUGGCUUGUCCACGUACAAAGAUCACCAGACCAUCACCAUGCAGGAGAUGCCUGAGAAGGCUCCUGCCGGCCAGCUGCCCCGCUCGGUGGACAUCAUUCUGGAUGAUGACCUUGUGGACGCGGUGAAGCCUGGCGACAGGGUGCAGGUGAUCGGCAGCUACCGGUGUUUGCCCGGCAAAAAGAAUGGUUACACCUCGGGCACUUUCAGGACCAUCGUGUUGGGGUGUAAUGUGAAGCUGCUCAGUAAGGAAGUGGCCCCCAUGUUCUCCGCAGACGAUGUGGCCCAAAUCAAGAAAUUCAGCAAAUCACGGUCUAAGGACAUCUUUGAGCAGUUGGCCCGGUCCUUGGCCCCCAGUAUCCAUGGCCACCAGUAUAUCAAGCAAGCCAUCCUGUGCCUGCUGCUCGGGGGCACAGAGAAGCUGUUAGACAAUGGCAGUCGCAUUCGUGGGGACAUCAACAUCCUCUUAAUGGGUGACCCCUCUGUGGCUAAGUCCCAGUUGCUGCGUUAUGUACUGUUUAGCGCACCUCGUGCCAUCCCCACCACAGGCCGUGGCUCCACUGGGGUGGGAUUAACUGCUGCAGUCACUACGGACCAGGAGACAGGUGAGCGCAGACUGGAGGCUGGGGCUAUGGUGUUGGGGGACAGAGGAGUUGUCUGUAUUGACGAGUUUGAUAAGAUGUCUGACCUCGACCGUACAGCCAUCCACGAGGUGAUGGAGCAGGGCCGUGUGACCAUCGCCAAGGCCGGCAUCCAUGCCAGGCUCAACGCCAGAUGUAGUGUGCUCGCUGCUGCUAACCCUGUGUACGGCAAGUAUGACCAGUAUAAGACACCGAUGGAGAACAUUGGGCUGCAGGACUCGCUGUUGUCCCGCUUUGAUCUGCUGUUCAUCAUGUUGGACACCAUGGAGCCUGAGCAGGACCGCGCUGUGUCUGAGCACGUGCUGCGUAUGCACCGCUACCGUGGCCCUGGGGAGCAGGACGGUGAUGCCUUGCCCUUGGGGAGUACGGUCGAUGUCCUGACCACCGAGGACCCAGACAGUGUCCAGGACGAGGAGCAGCAACUGCAGAUCUACGAGAAGCACAACAGCCUUCUGCACGGGGCCAAGAGACGCAAGGAGAAGCUGGUCAGCAUGGAGUUCAUGCGCAAGUACAUCCAUGUGGCCCGACUGCUGAAGCCGGUGCUGACCGCCACAGCAGCAGCUCACAUUGCAGAGGAGUAUACCAGGCUGCGGAGCCAAGACCUGGCCGCUGCCCAGGGCGCUCGGACAGCUCCGGUCACAGCCCGCACACUGGAGACACUGAUCCGCCUGUCCACGGCACACGCCAAGGCCCGGAUGAGCAAAGCCAUUGAGCUGCCGGACACGGAGGCCGCAGUGAGGCUCGUCCACUUCGCCUACUUCAAGAAGGUGUUGGAGAGAGAGAAGAAGCGACGGGAGGAGAGGGAGGAGGAGAGGGAGGAGGAGGAGAGGGAGGACGAGGAAGAUGGCCACAAGAGGAGGAAAUCUCACUCCACAGACACUGAGGGCAAGAGGCCACGGCGGGAGUCACAGGAGGGCAUGGAAUCUGAUCCCUAUGACUUCAGUGACACUGAGAGGGACAUGCCUGACGGCCCAGCUCCUGCUCACAAGUCCCCGCACACACAGGAGGGUGAGGACAGUCGGGGCACCGUGACGGCUGAGCUAAGUGAGCAGAGGUUGGGGCAGUUCCGGGCCGCGCUGCUCCAGGCUUUCCAGGCUGCACACACACAGGCCAUUGGGAUGGAGGCAUUAAUGACGGCCAUCAAUGCCGACAGCCAGAGCCCGGCAGCCUUCUCCCAGGCCGAGGUGAGGAGCGCCCUGGCCAAGAUGCAGGAGGACAACCAGAUCAUGGUGUCUGAUCUCAUCAUCUUCCUCAUCUGAGCCACUAAGACACCAGGGCAACGUGUGGGUGAGGGAACGUGGGGGGUAAUAGUGGGGUGGGGGGGGUGGGGGGCUGUGUCUGGGUAAAGCAGAGCAUCACAUCCACACGGAAACAGGUACGGUCUGACGGAGCUUUCCCCCACUCGCUGAGCCGUGUGUGUAAUAAACCCGGCGGCUGGUGUCAUCCUCUCUAUCUUUGCUGAUCGCGUGUAUGAAGCACUUUGUGGAUCUUUUGUGUAUAAAAACUAGUUCCUCCCCUCACUGUGAUAACAAUGUGGUCACUCAACCCAACCGAGGAGUGUGUGGACACUUGUGCACAGUUCGCUGCCACGUUUCGCCCACAAAAUACACACUCACUAUUUUUUCCAGUAUAUUGUUUGGGACGUCUUGAAGACGCGAUAAGAAACUUUUAUCAAAUCAAAAAAUAUCAAAUCUUAGAAAAAGGUUUUUCUAUUUUCACUGUUUUGAUGUGAGACAUCAGACAUUAGAACUCCUCUCGAGGUGUCCCCGACUGCGGAUGUACAGCACAUCCCGUGUGUACCGCACAAACUCUCUCACGACUUUCCUCUUCUACUGCAUACGCUUUGCAAAGCGCAAACUGGUGUUUUACUAAUAAAAGAUUGAAAUUAUAAA